CGCUCCUCGGGAUAUCACCAUCGUCGACGUCUCCAUGCUGCGACGCGUAGUGUCGACCGCGGCCCGGCGCCGGAGCCUCGCCAGCGCGCUGAGCAUCCAUGGCGGCGCCACCGCCCACGUCCGCGCGUCCUUGGCCUCUCUGCAUCUGCGCUCGCUGCACACGAGCCUGCCGCUGCUGCGCAGCGAUACGGGUACGGUCGAGGAUUUGUACCAGAAGAAGACGCCGCUCGAGCACGUCCUGCUUCGGCCGGGCAUGUACAUCGGGUCUGUCGAGAGCACGAAGGAGACCAUGUGGAUCUGGAGCGACUCGGAGCGCCGCAUGGUCCAGCGGUCGCUCGAGUUUGUACCUGCUCUGUACAAGAUCUUUGACGAAAUCCUGGUCAACGCCGUCGACAACAAGGUCCGCGACAGCGCCAUGUCGCGCCUGGAAGUGAGUGUGCUUCCUGGGUCGGCGGCCAACUGCCACAAAGCGACGAUCUCGGUCUUCAACGACGGCAAGGGCAUUCCGAUCCAGUUCCACAAGCAAGAAAACGUCUAUGUGCCCGAGCUCGUCUUGGGCCACCUCUUGACCGGCUCGAAUUUUGACGACGCGUCUGCGCGCCUCACGGGCGGUCGCCAUGGGUACGGUGCGAAGCUCACCAACAUCUUUAGCUCCGAGUUUGUCGUCGAGACGGGCGACGCCAAGAGCGGCCAGCGCUACACGCAGACGUGGCGCAACAACAUGCGCGAGCGUGGCGAGCCGAUCAUCGCGCCCUACGACGGCGACGACUUUACGCGCAUUACGUUUACACCGGACCUCGCCAAGUUUGAAAUGGCCAAGCUCACGAGCAGCAUGACGCGCGUGCUCCGGAAGCGGGUUUUUGACGUCGCGGGCUGCCUCCCCAACGUCAUCGUCAAGUGGAACGACGAAGAAGUGCCGCUCGUCGGCUUUGAGUCGUACGUGCAAGCGUUCGAAGGCGCGACGACCAAAGAGGCCGAACUCGCCUUGUACAGCCGCGCCAACAAGCGCUGGGAGAUUGGUGUCCUUCCGUCCGACGUGGGCUUUGUCCAAGUGAGCUUUGUGAACGGCAUGACGACGCACCGCGGCGGCACGCACAUCAACUACAUCCUCGAGCAGCUCUGCAAGCGCAUCGCUGACCACAUCAACAGCAAGCAGAAAGACAUGACUGUGACGGCGACGCAGAUCAAGCCGCACAUUGCGCUCUUUGUAAACGCGCUCAUCGAGAACCCGACGUUCGACUCGCAAAUGAAAGAGAAUCUGACGUCGCGUCCGUCGACGUAUGGCUCGACGUGCGUCCUCUCGGAGCGCUUCAUCAAGAGCGUCCUCAACAACUCGGGGAUUGUCGAGCGCGUGGUUGCGGCGAUGAAGACCAAGCAGCGCUCAGCACUCAAUAAGAAGGUCGCGAAAAAGACGAUUCUGGUCCCGAAGCUCGAAGAUGCCAACUGGGCGGGGAGUCCGCGCGCGUCCGAGUGCACGCUCAUUCUGACCGAAGGCGACUCGGCAAAGGCGCUCGCGGUCGCCGGUCUCGCGGUCGUCGGCCGGGAUACGUACGGUGUCUUUCCGCUGCGCGGCAAGUUUCUCAACGUACGGGACGCGUCCGACUCGCAGCUGAGCAAGAACGCCGAGUUUAGCCACCUCUGCACGAUCCUUGGGCUCAAGCUCGGCUCCAAGUACGAGACACCGGAAGAGAAGGCGACACUCCGCUACGGCCGCGUGCUCAUCAUGACGGACCAGGACCACGACGGGUCGCACAUCAAGGGCUUGCUCUUGAACCUCUUCCACACCUUCUGGCCGCAGCUGCUCCAAGACAACUUUGUGAGCACGUUCCUGACGCCGCUCAUGAAGGCGCAGACGAAACAGACGGUCUUGCCCUUCUUCUCCGUGCCAGAGUACGAGCAGUGGAAGGCGUCGAAUCCCGAUUUGUCGCACUCGGUCAAGUACUACAAGGGUCUCGGGACCAGCACGAGCGCAGAGGGGAAAGAGUACUUUGAAGAGCUCAACGAGCACACGGUCGACUUUCGUUGGACGUCCGAUGACGACGGCGACGCGAUUGCGAUGGUCUUUAGCAAGGACCGCGUCGCGGAGCGCAAGGCGUGGCUCUCGAAUCUCGCGCCGUCGACGCUCCACGAGCGCACGCCGACCAUGCGCCUCCACGACUUUGUGCACUCGGAGCUCAUCCAGUUCUCGCAUGCGGACAACGCGCGGUCGAUUCCGAGUGCGAUCGACGGCCUCAAGCCCUCCCAGCGCAAAGUGCUCUACGCGUGCUUCAAGCGCAAGCUCACAAAGGAAGUCAAAGUCGCACAGCUCGCGGGGUACUGCGCCGAGCACACGGCGUACCACCACGGCGAAGCGUCGUUGCAUAGCACGAUCGUCAACAUGGCGCAGGACUAUGUCGGCGCCAACAACAUUCCGCUUUUGUAUCCGUCCGGCCAGUUUGGCACGCGCCUCCAAGGCGGCAAGGACGCGGCGUCGCCACGUUACAUUUUCACCUACCUGCACCAGUACACGCGGCUCCUCUUCCCGGAGGCGGACGAGCCGCUCCUGGAAUAUGUGAUCGACGACGGCGAUCCGGUCGAGCCGACGUACUAUGUGCCAAUUCUACCGCUGCUGCUUGUGAACGGCAGCGAAGGCAUUGGUACGGGGUGGUCCACGAGCAUUCCAAGCCACCACCCGAUCCAGCUCAUUGACCGGCUCCUCGCGCGCAUCGACGGCGACGCGUCAUGCGAUGCGCUCGCGCCGUGGGUCAAGGGGUUCCAAGGCAAAAUUGCCCCGAACGGCCUCAACUACCUCUCGACGGGCGACCUUGAGAUUUUGAAGAAGACGCCCCGAACGGUCGCCGUCCGCGUCUCCGAGUUGCCCGUCGGCAAGUGGGUCGAAGACUACAAGAAUUUCCUGCACAACCUCAUUGCGACCAAGAAGGUGCGCGUGUUCACCGAGCACCACACGGACAAGACGGUGUGCUUUGAGCUCGUGAUUGAGAAGGACGGCGCCGAUGCAAUGGACGACGCGACGCUGCGCAAACUGCUCAAGCUCGAAUCCAACAUCAACACGACCAACAUGCACGCGUUCAACGCCGACGGGAAGCUCGUCAAGUUUGAUUCGAGCGCCGAGAUCCUCGACGCCUUCUUCAACGUGCGCCUCGACCUCUACGCGCGCCGCAAGACGUACUACGAAGACCGUCUUGGCCGCGAGUGCGCCAAGCUCGAGAACCGCGUUCGGUUCCUCCAGGAAAUGGCCUCGGAUGCCAGCCCGCUCCGGUCGCUCUGGACGUCCCGCCCUUCCAAGGCCGACGCGAUGGCCGCGCUUCGGGCUGCUGGGUUUGCUCCGGCGAGCGCGUUUGAAGUGGAUGGCGGCAGUGACGCCAACGACAAGGACGCGUAUGACUACCUCCUCCAGACAUCGUUUCUUCAGUGCACGCUCGAGCACGCGGAGAAGCUGACGCGCGAGUUUGGCGCCAAGCAAGCGACCUUGGAGCAGCUGCGCGAGACGUCGCCGAAGGCACUUUGGAAAGCGGAGCUUCAUGCUCUCCGUGAAGCGCUCCUCGAAGACGCCGAAUACCACGAUGCGAUCGAGGCGUGAGCGAGAUGUACAUUGAAAGUGCAAUAUGAAGAAACAGUCUUGGCCUAGUCA